CGCACCGCAGUCCGGCUAGGCGUUCGACAAUGGCAGACAAGAAUAAAGUUGCUGAGCAGUAUUAUGCCCCACCACCGGACCUAGGAAAAUGGGAGGGCUUCAAGGUCUUCCUGUGGAACUCGGAGACGGGGCAGUUCCUGGGCCGCACGGGAUCAAGCUGGGCAAAAAUCCUUCUGUUCUACCUGAUCUUCUACCUGAUUCUGGUUGGGUUCUUCGCCGCGAUGCUGACGAUCUUCUACCAGACGCUGGACUCCAAGAUGCCUAAGUGGCAGAUGGACGCAUCGCUUAUCGGCAGUAAUCCAGGUCUUGGAUUCCGACCGAUGCCGGACACUGCCAACGUGGAGAGCACCCUUAUUUACUACAAGGCUAACGACAAAGGCUCCGUGCUCAAGUGGGCCUCAGUCAUCGAUGAAUUCUUGCAACAGUACCACAAGAAGGGCAGUGGCAGUGGAGAGGCCCCCGGCGCAGAGAACAGGGUACCCUGUUCUCCGAACUCAGCAACUUUAGCAGAGAAGCAAGUCUGCGACGUGCCGAUAGACGAUUUCCAUCCCUGCACUCCCGCCAACCAGUACAACUAUGAGGAAGCUGGACCUUGCGUGUUCCUCAAACUGAACAAGAUCUUCAACUGGACACCAAACCCCUUCAACAACACAGAAGACCUGCCAACAAAUAUGCCAGAUGACCUGAAGCAACACAUUAAGUUGGUCUCCGGCAAAAAAGAAGCUAACACAGUGUGGGUGUCCUGCGAGGGUGAGAAUCCUGCAGACGUAGAGAACAUCGGCCCCGUGCAAUACAUUCCUCGGCGCGGAUUCCCCUCCUACUACUAUCCCUUCACCAACAAGGAGGGAUACCUCAGCCCACUCGUCGCCGUGCUCUUUGAGAAGCCAAGGACGGGAGUUCUCAUCAACAUCGAGUGCAAAGCGUGGGCGAAGAAUAUCUUCUACGACCGGUACGAGCGGCGCGGCUCGGUGCACUUCGAGCUGAUGGUGGACCGCGCCUAAACGCCGCUGACCGACAGCUUGGCGGCAAACAAUUGACACUUGUGUUGCUUGGCCAAACUAUCAGACGCUUAGGUUUUAGGGUGUACGGAUGACUUUUGUACGCCGUCACUGUUAAAAUUAAUGAACUUACAGUUCCGAGCACGGCGGUAUAAUGUACUAUCACAACAUCAAAGUUGAAAAUCUGUCAAUAAUAAUAAGUUGAGCAUGCUUGAAUGAAGAUGAGUGAUUGAUUGACUUGAGUAUUAUGUUUAUGAGGGGUGUCAUAUAAAGAACAGGUAAAGAACCUUCAAGCGUAGCAAAUAAAUAGACGAUAGUGUAGGUCGAUCCCUAACGGAUAGCGCAGUGUGUUUGAAUAUGUAAGUAUUAAACGUUAUAAGCAGAUUUCUCAAGGCUGCUUAGAAGCAGGCUCCACUAUCACCUCUCACAAGAUUCUAAAGAUUGUAAACUGUAAAAUUAUGUUGAAAAAGAGCAAUUUGCUGAGUUUCUUGCCGUCUCUUCUCAGUAGGAUCUGCCUUGCGAACCGGUGGUAGAGUCACUACAAAUAUACUGAAUUGACGUUUCAAAAGUGCUUAUAAACUAGGCCUACUUUAAAUAAAUGAAUUUUGAAUUUGAAUCUGACUAGGAAUCCAGAUCUGAGUGUGAGGUCAGUAGGUAGAGUCUUAAGGCACCGUUAACCUACAGUGUUUCUUAGGUUAAAGUCUAAAACCAUGGCUUAGGAUGUCGAAGAAGAUAGUACAUAAUACUGCCGUUUUAUAGUGUUGAGAUUAAAAUGUUACCACUGUUGCCAUAGACACUAAACUCAGAACUGUAAUUUAAUGAAAAGUCGUAUUACCGCGCUAAAAUGUGUGUACCAUUGUAACUAAAUAAGUAUUAGAGUAAGCGCAUACAAUUUUAAAUCGUUCGUUUAUUCAUUUAUUAAUAAUAUAAUAAUGUUAAAGUUCAGGUACGCAUGAAAGCUUUUAGGUAAUUCGAAAUUUUCGAGACUAUUCUAUUUUAGACGUAGUGGAUAAUAAUCUAGGGUUCUCGUAUUAUGUGCGGGCCACAUUAUUGUUUAACGUACUCUAGCUAUAAGGUGUUAGAAGCGGACACAUUACAAGUGGUAGCUGCAAAAUGGUAGUUGUGCUAUACUUCUGCAAGGUUACCCUUAUAACUUAAGGAAUACGUUAAUCACUUAAAAAUUAAUAUUUAAAAAUGUAACGGCGUUAAACUUGUCUGUGGUCCGUACAUUGAAUUGGAUGUGUUACGGUUACAAAAGCUAUCCGUGUUGGCUACAUUAUUUUGCUACUGUGCCAACUUGGUGUUAACACUUGGCCAAGUUUUAGAACUCCACUGCCAACUAUUUUAGUCACUUUAGCGAAGUCAGCUGUGGUUGGCCGCCAAGUUGUCAGACUGUCCGCCAAUUGGUUGCCAAGUUCACCACACAAACACCACGCCAGGCGCCGGCUGCCAAGCGCCUAAUCUCCGCACAUUGUAUUACUUUCUGUUUGACAUUUGCACGGUGUGCUUUUUGACAAUGAUAAACGAACAAGGAUGUCAAGAAUAAUCUGAUUCUUAAACGCAGAAUGUCAAAGGUGUGAAAAGAGUAGAAGGCUCAAUUUUAUCGACAUAAGAGAAUUAAGUAAUGCUAAUUAAAAGUUAUUUAGGAAUCAAUCAAUCAAAUAAAAAAACAGAAUUAAAAUACGAUUACAACUUGUUAUUUGUAUCGAUAAAUGAAUCGGUUAUCGAUUAUCGAUAUGGUAAACUUGUACUGUCAAAUCGAGAGUGAUACAACGGACGGGGUGUACUCGUUAGCAAUAGCCACAUAGUCGGCGGUUAAUUUAUAUUCGUUUUAGAAUAGCCCGAGGGCGCCACUGAGUUGAAGUUUUCGUUAACACGCUUAAUAAAUAAAUCUAAUUAAUUAACUUAAAUUAUUAAAUAUUUAUUAUUAUUACUGUAAUGUUUUUUCUGGACGGAGAGUCAUUAAAUACGCAAUAGUUGGUUCCAAUUUAGCUUUUUU